AAAGGAAAAAGGACGCCACUGAUCAGAAAAGAUGUAAUUAUUGUGACCAUCCUUGGAGUCUUCCUGACUCAAGCUCUAGCAAAUGAUAAUGUCAAUAUAAACAAUUCAGGUAAUGAUGGCGGCAGUGUUAACCAGCAAGUGAACAUUAACAAUCAGGAUCAAGUAGCCAACAUCAAUUACCCCAAUGGCUGGAACUCUUGGGACUCCGUCUGUGAUUUUGCCAAGGGAUUUGCUGCCACAAGACUGUACAACAAGAAGAUCUGUGUGGUCACCAAGAUCAAGCCAAGUUUCCCCACCCUGGCACAGCUCAGCACCAUUGCCAAGACUAAGAAGGUCCCUACCAACACCCAGCUGGUGACCUACACAAUCAACCAGAAACCUAUUGUUAACAUCGAAGAGUAUGGCCAGCAUAUCAAUGCUCUGUGCAAGGGAAUGCCAGCCUACACUGCUCAGGAGAUGCCCAAUGUCGGAGAAGACUUUGCCUACUGCAAAGCCAACAGCAUAAUCACAAUUUUGGGAAUCAACUUCUGUUUUUAAGAUGCCAGUACAACCGACCCCAGCCCACUAAAUGGACACACAUUGAAACUACUUCGAAUUGUGGAUCCUUGCAAUAUUCCCUAAAUCACAUCUAAUAAAAUAUUAUCUGUCGCUAUUGGCUAGUUGUCUCUUCUUAUAAAAUGCAAUGAGAAAGCAUUUAUGUAGAAUGUGCUCUAACAGACGUCCCUUUUCAGGUUCUGCCAGAGGGUACGGGGUCUGCUGCAGCUCAAGCCAAAUCACCAUUUUGGGUAUCAACUUCUGUUUUUAAGAUGAACGUUCUUAAGUCAGAAUCAUUUGGAUACUCAACAAUCCCAGAGACUCCCCCAUGAUCUUCUUGACACUGAACACCUGCAAUAAAACUGCUUUUUUCAGGGAAAGAUGUCUCUUUGUAUAAUGCAACACUAAAGGUGGUCUCAGAAACUGUCUGGGGGUCUGUGGAUCAGGAUGUAUAAUAAAUCCACUUCUUUUAUUGUUAUAUAACAAUAUGGAGAGAAUAAAUGCAACAAUACAGGUGUAAUGACUAAAGAAAAGUUAUGUGAUACCCUGGGGGAGUAGGGUUUAUGGGGUGUAGCUGUGCGGUGACUAAAGGGUGUCUGGUUAACCCUUUCUAUUCGUGAGGCCAGGGUGAGGGCUAUUCUCUGUAUGCUUGUCCUACCACCAACCUUCCCAAGAGCGAUAGGGAGAUAGGAAAUAAUCGAUUGUCCACAACCGGAGAUUUGCAGAAACUUGUCAAUAAUGAACAGGAACAGAGUCUAUUAGAGCUUGACAAGUG